AUGCGUGUCUCCCUAACCACUAUCUUUUCCUCCGUGCUCUGCACUGUUUUGGUCUCAUCCCAGGAUCUCAACACCGCCAAAUGCGUCGACAGUUAUGGUAUUCCAUCAGCAGAAAGUGAGCCCGGCUCUUUCAUCAAUACUGACUGUACGAAUGAUGGCGGGGCACAUGGUGCCAUAAACGUUGCUGUAAACAAACUCGGGAUUGGUAAUGUUUACGGUGUCACUAAGCAGGUUGUGGCCGGUAUCAACUAUGUCGUCUUUCUUACUAGCGACGAACGAACAUAUCGGGUUCCUGUUUACGAAGAUCUGGAGGGAAACUACUCUCUUCAAGAAGACAGUAUCUGCUACGACGGCCUGCCGUCUGCAGUUGUAACGAAACGAGCGUGUGAUCAGUGA